CUGUCAUCUGUGCCCCAUAGCCAAAAAGGAAGUGAGAGGAAGUCCCUGCAAAUUAAGGAAAUUCCUUGGGGGCCCCCAGAUCACCAGAACAAGUGUCCCCAUAUGAAGAUUUCCCCUUUAUUACUUUUCCGGGGACAAACCAAAAUUUGGGAUUUUCUUCUACUUUCAUUUUCAAUUAUAAUGGUUAACAGGCUACUGUCAUCCUGUUCCGGGCAAGAGGGGAUCAUGGGGCCCCUGUGUCUUUGCCCAAACUCAAAAAAGCCUAUGAAAAAGGUACCAGGGGCAUCUCAUGGGGCCCCUUACUGACCCCGGGCCCUCGGGCAGUGCCUGAGUUUCCAAAUGGUCAGUCCGCCCCUGCUUUGCAC